UCUGUUGUUGAAGGCUUUGGGGUGAGGGUUGAGGGAUCGUUCCUCAAGUGGACUAUGGUAAUGACUCCAGUGAUAAGAUAGCACAUAUAAUGAAAAGCGACAUCUGGCGGAGAUCGCUCUACAUUUGUGAUUUUAAUUGACGUUUUUUGGAAUCGUCCCUGCUCCAAUUAAUAAAGACUGCCAAGAGACCAACAUCCACGCUUCUUCAGUUCCUCCAAUUCACCAAGUAGGACCAUUACUCACAAAAGAUAUUACCUUGCGGGGUUUCUACGGUAAAUAAAAAAGCGCUUACUGCUGAAAAAAAAGUGAUACAAGGAGAAAGGGGAAAUUUAAUAGCAACCCUCCAAUUUUUCACAGGGGCGGUCGACCCUUGGUGUAACAAAGUAACAGAAACCAGUUGUGACAUCUCGCUUUCACCUCUCGGAGGAGAGAAUAUAGACGGGACUGGUAAUGCGUGCAAUUGGUCCUGCUAUCGGAACUCUCGUCUUUUAGCGGUGGAACCCGAGACUCCCAAACUGUGUAUUACUGCACAUGUCAUUGUUCCCGGCGUCAGCGGUCGCACUGGAUAUUUUAGAUUUAAGAUUCUGGCGUAAGAGAAAUUAGGCGUGUGAUACUAAACAGAGUGAGUUUGUAAACCCAGUUGGUCAGCCACUCAACGUUAGAGGAAACCCAUACACUGCGCUGUUCACGGAGACAGAUACAAGGUGUAAAGAACCCGAAGAUUGAUGACUCGGACUCCGAAAUACAUGCUCACAGAUAAUUGAGAGACCAUCGAUCUGCACGGUCCAUUUACCUCUAAUCUUGAAGAGCCAGAAAGCGUAAAAUUUCAACUUAAUGAAGAGGGCGGAGCUACGAUAAUUAUGACAUCUCGCUAACUCGGCUUGUGAUUGGUCGGCAGAAAUUUGAUGGACGUGCGUCAUGUCAUACGGCAAUGAAUAAAACACGUUUAUCCAAAGUAAACUGAAAAAUUUGAUCAUAUCUGAUAUGUGUACAUGCAAUAAGUUUUUUGUUAUCACGGAAAUUCGCCAGUGACUCGACCAAGUGAGGUUAAGAAACAGUGGUUCUGCUGGAGAGAGAAAAAAGAUUUAAAUUUCAUUAUCCUGUGUUUUUUGCGGAACACUGCAGUGAUUAAGAGGAUAAAGCCAAAUUCUGUGUGUCAAACGAGACUUAGAAACCAUUGCGGGUACCUUAUUGAAAUACAGGACUAAUCCGUUAGUGUGUCAUAAGAAGAUUUUUAGCACGUCGCAUGUGAAAACAAGACAUUUAAUAUUGAGUUAAGCAUUCUUCUAGUGACAAGAGAGGGGAGGGACGAAUACCGUGUGCUUUCUGUUUUAAAAACCAUCGACAAAUGAAUACACCUCUGAACUGUGUGCAAUAAUCGUCGAUUAUUUUGUCAGCGUGGUGGAAAUACUUCAGAAACUAAUCAAUGACACGCGAUAUUCAUUAAUUACGCACAAGUUGAUGAGAAAGCAAGAAGUUGGGAUUUAAGGUAUAAUGCCGUGUAUCGCCGCUAGCUAUUAGUGUAUGUCGUAAACCCUUUUUUCAUAAAGUAGAGAGGAUACGAUGGCGGUGCACAAGACGUGUGUUGACUGUUUGUUUUUGGUAUUAACAUUCACCGUUUUUCUGUAUGUAAACAUCUGUUCGGUGGGAGCAGAAGAAGAACGGAGAUGUCAGGAAAUCACGAUCCCGAUGUGUAAGGGCAUUGGAUAUAACCUAACCCACAUGCCCAAUCAGUUUCAUCACGAGACCCAGGAGGAAGCUGGAUUAGAGGUCCACCAAUUCUGGCCUCUCGUGGAAAUCCAUUGCUCACCGGAUCUCAAACUAUUCCUGUGCAGUAUGUAUACCCCAAUUUGUAUUCCGGAUUAUAAGUACCCUCUACCCGCCUGUCGGUCCGUUUGCGAGAGGGCCAAGUCCGGCUGUGCCCCUCUGAUGGCACUGUACGGCUUUGAGUGGCCGGAGAGGAUGAAGUGCGAGAAUCUGCCGGUGUUUGGCAGUGGACAAUUGUGUAUGGACCAUAACCAGACGGAGACUACGGCCAGUCCAACGAAAAAGGACCACCACGUCAAACCAAAGGAACCCAACAAUCCAAAUAUCCACAAACCGAAGACCAACCAAAACCAAAAAGAGCCCAUACCCCUGCCCCGGCCCUACGACCCCACGGACCAAAUCCAUGUCAUUCACCCAGUCCAGAAUAGGCACUGUGACUGCAAGUGCAGAAUGAUAAACCUAGACGAAACCAACGUGUUCUACAAUAAAAUAUCGACUGGGGGAUUUGAGAACUGUGCCGUCAAUUGCACCAGUCCUUAUUUCACUCCGGACGAAAUGACUUUCGCUACAUUCUGGGUGGGAUUGUGGUCGAUUUUGUGUUGCAUAUCAACUUCGAUGACAAUCCUGACUUUCCUAGUGGACACGGAGAGGUUUAAGUACCCGGAGAGACCUAUCGUUUUCCUGAGUGUGUGCUAUUUCAUGGUCAGCGUUGGUUAUAUUAUCCGUCUGAUCGCAGGGCAUGAUGCUGUGGCUUGUCAUAAGAAUGUGAUUCGGUACGAAACGACCGGGCCAGCUCUCUGCACAGUUGUUUUCCUUUUGGUUUACUUUUUCGGAAUGGCCUCCUCUAUUUGGUGGGUCAUCCUUUCCUUCACUUGGUUCCUAUCAGCCGGACUCAAAUGGGGCCAGGAGGCCAUUGCUAGCUACUCCCAAUAUUUUCAUCUUGCCGCCUGGCUCAUUCCCUCUGUCAAAAGUAUUAUAGUACUCGCCAAAUCCUCCGUGGACGGAGAUGCCAUUUCCGGAAUAUGUUCCGUUGGGAAUCAGAAUUCCGAAAACUUGAGGUGGUUCGUUGUAGCACCCUUAUUCGUGUAUUUGAUAAUCGGAACUUCCUUCUUAGUAGCCGGAUUUGUGUCGUUAUUCCGAAUCCGAAAUGUGAUCAAACAACAAGGCAGAACCACCACAGACAAGCUGGAGAAACUCAUGAUACGGAUUGGAGUUUUCUCCGUUCUUUAUACUGUGCCGGCCACAAUUGUGAUCGGAUGUUAUAUCUACGAAUUGACUCUCAAACCGAAAUGGGAGAGAAGUAGAAAUUGUCCCUGCGAAGGGGACGAAUCAAAACCGGACUACUCAGUGUUUAUGCUGAAAUACUUUAUGUGUUUAGUGGUCGGAAUAACGUCCGGAUUUUGGAUCUGGACGGGAAAAACUGUAGACUCCUGGAAAAAACUCUUUAAUGGACCGUGUUGUCGACGCGACGAUUCUAGCUUUCAUUCACGUUUUUCAAAGACAACCAAUUCCACAUACCCAGGUGUCAAACCGCUUCCGCUAAGUCAAGUGUGAACUAUUUAAGGUGGUGACUAUACUCCGAUUAAAAACAUAGGGUAAAAAAAUGUGAGACAUUAUCAAAACUUUUUAACAAGAAAGAAAAUGAAGAAAAUGGUAUUCCUUUUAUUAUGUAACUCGUGAAAUGUGAUGUGAUAUUUUCUUUCUUUUUUUUUUUUAAUUGUGUAAAUGUGUUUAUAGGGAACUUAGAUGCGACAUUCUGCGGGCGUCCAUACAUGUAUGUGUCAGAUUUAUCAUAUCAUUUUCGGCUGGAAGUUAUAAUUCUGAUGAUUAUCUUUGAAAUAAGUAAAUCCUCUAGCUAAAUAUUUGGUAUAAUCUUAACUCUCAUUUUAUGGCAUGUUGGCCAAUAUCGUCUAAUUGAUCUCUAAUUUUCAUUAAUAUGUUUACAAAUGAUUGACUGUCAAACGAUGAUAAAUGUUCACCCUAAGGUCAUUUUUCCACCUUGUUAAGUGAAACUAUUAUUACAAUUAUAAAAGUUAAACUCUUCAGAUGUCUUUCUCUAUUGCUUGUCAAAAACAUGUAAGUUGCUUGCAGAUGUGAAUUAUGUAUGUUUCAUGAAUGCCCCGCUCGCAUUUAAUUUCUUCACUUCCCAGUGCUUUUUACGUAAUAUUAUUUAUAUUUUGUAAAUAUGUUGUAAAAUACUCAUACAUCAUUGUUGUUCUCGAUUUUUAUACAAGACGAAUGUUUCAUGUUACAUGUAUAGGCAAAAAGAUAAAAGUUUACAUGUACAGAUGUAAAUUAAGAGACAAUCAGACUUGUUAAAAAAAGUAUGUAACCAAAUGAAUCGAGAAUCAAAGUUUUGCCAUAAUUUUCACAAAGGUGCUAUAUAUUUCAACUUUGUGCAAGAAAUAAAGAUUUGAAACACUGA